AUCAAAUACAACAAGAUGUGAAAAUACUCAAAAGCCUGGAUUGUCAACAACUAGCAGUGUUAGCAUGAAUAACAUAAACAACAGUAUGGCUAGCAAUUGUUCCAAUUCUAUUCCAAUAUUUGAUUAUCACCAUCAUAAUGGUAAUAAAACAUCAAAUUCUAAUAAUAAAUCUGCUUUAUUACGUGAACAAUUUUUCAGUUCUAUGUUAGGCGACAGUAAUACACAACAGCAUCAACCAUCUCUAGAAUCAGAAUUGUCUAGGAAACCAAAGGUUUUACUGCAAUACGGAGAUUUAUGA